CACGUUGGCGAAUCAAAGCUAUACUUCAACAUCUCUGUUCUCUCUUCAAAACUCUCUCUCACUCUAGCCGUUGAGUUUCAGUUUCUCCUCCCUUUCGCGCAACGUUCCUCAAAAUCAACACACUGCCAUUAUUUAAUCUCAUACCCUCUCCAUUGACCCUCCCCCCUCCCCCCGUUCUUUACGUUUCCAGUUUCUCUCUCUCCAUUUACUUUGAAAAUUUUGUAUUCAAUUUGACCGCUAGUUAAAAAUGCUUUAAUCAUUCAACUAAUCCACUUCCUCCUUCAAACCAAUCUCUCUAUCAGCAACCCCCAUGAACGACUCUCAUAGUUCUUCCUCUGAUUCUGCCUCCAUGGCUGCCAUCGAUCAGAAUGUAGGGAGGAGUCGAAGAAGCGGGAGCGGUGAUCAAACAUUGGCGACCGAUAUACCACGCCAUUGGCAUGAUAUUUUCUGGUUAGGAGUCUUUUUAUUUCAUUUGAUGGGAUUAGCACUUGCUCUUGCAGUUCUUGGGCUCAAUAGGUUUAAGAAAUCGGAUAGAUUUAAUUUUGAUAGAUACACUAGUAAUACGACUGUCACGGUGGAAAAUAGUCAUGGACUUACGGAGGAUUAUUGGCCAAUGUAUGGUCUUGGUGGUGGAGUUGGGACUCUACUUGGGUGGGCUUGGUUGUUGCUACUUGGUUCUCAGGCGAAUCAUAUGAUGAAGAUCUCGGUGCAUAUUUUGACUACUUAUCUUGCCGUGGUUAGUGUUUUGUGUUUCUGGAGCGAGCAGAUUUUUUGGGGUGUCACUUUUGCAACUGGCGCUGCUUUGCAGUUUUUGUAUGUCAUAUCUGUUAUAGACAGACUCCCAUUUACCAUGCUGGUGCUUCAAAAAGCUGUGAAAAUGGUAUGGAGCCUUCCUGAAGUUAUGAGAGUUUCAUAUGCAUUCAUGCUAGUCAUGCUUUUGUGGAUGGGAUUGUGGUCUUUUGGAGCAGCUGGUGUUGUGGCUUCAAACAUUAAUCUCAAUGGACGCUGGUGGCUUCUUGUGGUUCUGUCACUGAGCUUAUUUUGGACGGGUGCAGUACUCUGUAAUACUGUACAUGUUAUAGUGUCUGGGAUGGUGUUCCUCGUUCUUAUCCAUGGCGGUCGAGAAGCAGCGUCAAUGCCUGCCAACCCUUUGAUGAAGUCUCUUAGGUAUUCUGUGACGAAAUCUUUUGGCAGCAUUUGCUAUGGAUCACUCUUCACUGCUGCAAUUAGGACACUACGGUGGGAGAUCAGGGGAUUGCGGUCGAAGAUAGGCAAGAACGAGUGCUUGCUUUGCUGUGUUGAUUUUCUAUUCCAUCUUGUAGAGACUCUUGUCCGCUUUUUCAACAAGUAUGCAUAUGUCCAGAUAGCUGUUCAUGGGAAAAGUUUUAACCGUUCAGCUAGGGAUGCCUGGGAACUAUUUCAAUCGACUGGAGUUGAAGCACUAGUCGCCUAUGAUUGUUCAGGUGCAGUUCUACUGAUGGUUACACUUUUGGGAGGGCUCAUCAGUGGAACUUGCUCGGGUGUUUGGACUCAUAUCAAAUGGAAUGAUGAUAGAGUGACCAUGGUGGGAUCCACUGCAAUGUUGAUGGGAAUGGUCUUGGUUGGACUGGCUAUGGUGGCUGUUGAAAGCGCCGUGACAUCCAUAUAUAUCUGCUAUGCUGAAGACCCCUUGUUAAUACAUAGAUGGGAUGCUGAAUUCUUCAACCAGUUGUCCGAGGCACUACACCAGCGUCUUCAACAUAGAAGUUCCCGGGCAAGGGAAGUAUUGACCCACAAUCGAUUCAAUGCUGUCCCCGUCUGACAAACUUUGCCCGGAAUAGGCGCUGUAAUUCAUUGUGCUGUAUUUUAUUGAUCCAUGUUUUUGAAUUUGUUUUUAGUUUAGUUUGGGACCUUGAUUACACGGAAAUGAAGAGCAUAGGUCAAAAAUCUGUUCGGAAGCUGCAUUAAUUCAGAUAUAUAUAGCUUCUCUCUUUUUGUUUAUUUUUGGUGCAUGGAAUGACGUUCAGCUGCAUGGCUGAAAAACAGUUGUGUAGAUUCCCCAUGUGGUCACAGUUAAAUGAUUCUUUGGGUUGGAGGAA